UUUUUCUCAUAUUUUAAUAUUUUAUUAAAUAGUGAAUGAAUUGUAAUUGAAUAAAUUGUCCGUUUUUCAAAUUCAAACGUGGCCCUCGCAUAUAGAACUAUCGGCACCAUCUGGAGACGAAUAUAAAAUCAAACGUUUCCUAUUUUCUUCUUCUUCGUCGUCUUCUCUGUUCGUGCGGACCAACGCGCUCUGCUGCGAACUUUGACCUCACUGCACCGCGCUUGGCAUGAAGAGGCGGAAAGGGAGGAAGAAGAGGAGGAAGCAGCUUGGGAGGAGGAGGAUGAUGAUGACGAGGAGGAGGAGGACGAGGCCACAGAAUGGUGUCGCAUUCGCCACCGACUGCAAUCACCUUGAAGAAAAAAAACCCAAAAGGCAUUUUAAGGGGACGCUGCUGAUAAGUUCCCGAGUGGGAGCUAAAUGCGGCCUUCGGUCACGAUAAGAAGUCCGUGACGAGCGAUGGCCCGUCAACGCUCGCGACCCGAGUGCCCGCUCGCUCAGACGCCCGACUGAAGCUGAAGCUGCGGGAGGAAUCGUCGUCGCGCGCCCGACGGCUGAAGCUCGGAGCGCGCUGGCAUGAAGUGCAGGAAGAAGGUACCAGAAACAUUCUAAAAGCCUUUUGGAGGAUCACGACUUCACAAGGGGAACCCAAUAUUGCAGGGAUACAUUGAGAGGUGACCACAGAUUAAAAAAGAGGUGACCGCCGUGGACGUCGUGUGCUCCCGAACUGGCCGUCGAGACGGAACGAAUUGUGAAGGUGGAGACGGAAGGAGAAGAAACUUCCCAAGAGACGGUGACCGCCUUCACCUUGUCUCACCUCCCUUGCGAAAACCAACGAACUGAAGCAGAAAGAGAAGAAGAGGUGGAGGAGAAAUGGAUGGAAAGGAAGAGCAUGGAGAAGAGGAGCAAGGAGGACGAAAAGGAUCUGAGGAGACACAGGGCGGGAGCUCUGCCGUUGCCGCCGCCGUUACCGCCGCGGUGUGUCCCGACCCGGCAUUCAACAGGAGAUGCAGCUUGCUGGCCAGCGAGGUGAAGUACAAAGAAGACUUUGAGAAGAUGAAGGGUCAGAGUCUCUUCGUCCCUGCAGCAGAACUCGUUCACGCCAAGAACAUCAGCGCCGUCGUGUCUGAGUCCCAGUACAAGCAGGAGGGCAGGAAGGAGGCGUCGUCGUCCCUCUACUCCCUGCUUCCGGACACGCCGCAGAUACAACGAGCCAAAGAAGUGACCCAGCUGCAGAGCGAGAUUAAAUACAAAGAAAACAUGAAGACGUCGUCCUCACUCUACUCGCUCAUGUCAGAGACCAGAAACACUCACUUUGUCAAAGAAUUGACUGACAUACUCAGUCAGAACAAGUACAAGGAGGAGGUGAAGAAUUUACUGAGCAGCACUUUGUAUUCUCGGCUUCCCGAGACCAGCGAGACGCAUCUGGCCAAGAGCGUCCACGAGUUUCAGAGUGAAAAAAAGUACAAGGAAGAAGGGAAGAGGAAGGCGUCCGUCUCCCUCUACUCCCAACUGGCCGACACGCCCGAGAUCCAACACGCGCUGGAGAUGUCCCAGCUGCAGAGCGACGUGAAUUAUCGACCAAAGGUGCUGGUCAAAGGAGCUCUGUCUUCUCUCUACUCUCAGCUCACCGCCACCAAAGAGAUCCAGUUCGCCAGGGAGAUGACCAAGCUGCACAGCCAGCUCAAGUACCAGGAGGACGGCAGGAAGAGCCUGAGUCAGACGUCCUACUCUCAGCUUCCGCGAACCAUGCAGACGGAAUUUGCAAAGAAUAUCGCUGAGCUGCAGAGUGAGCGCCGCUACAAAGAAGUGGGCAGGAAGGGCGGCAACUCGUCCCUGUACUCGCUUCUCCCGCAGACGUUGGACACGCUCCAUGCCAAAGAUGCCCGCGAGCUUGCCAGCCAGGUGAAGUACAAAGAGGAUGGCAGAAAGGAGAUGAGCAUCAUCUUGUACUCGCUGAUGCCCGAAACCAUCCAUACGCAACACGCCAAAGAAGUCUCGGACCUGCAGAGUCAGGUCAAGUACAAAGAAGGUGUUCAGCACAAGAACCAGAGCACUUUGUACCAUCACAUGGCUGAAACUACCGACACCAGACUGGCCAAAGAAGUCUCACAGGUGCAGAGCCAGGUGAAGUACAAGCAAGAAGGCAAGAAGGCGGUGAACAAGUGUCUCUACUCCACUCUGCCCGACACUUUGGACACACAACACGCCAAAGACGCCACGCGUUUGCUUAGCGAGAAUAAGUACAGAGAGGGCGGCAGGAAGGAGAUGUCCCACAGCCUUUUCUCCACUCUGAGCGACACGUCAGAAAUGCUGCUGGCCAAAGAGUUGCAGGACAUCCUGAGCGAGAGGAAGUACAAGGAGAGCGGCAGGAAGCAGCUCUCUCGGUGUCUCUACUCCCGAUUGGCCGACACGGCGGAGACUCAAUUUGCUAAAAGCGUUUGCGACCUGCAGAGUGAGGUGAAAUACAAGCAGGCUCAGAAGGACGUGUCCGAGUCACUUUACUCCAGCCUGCCCGCCACGCUGGACACGCUGCACGCCAAAGAGGCGUCCACGUUGCAGAGUGAGCUGAAAUACGCGCAGGCUCACAAGCAAGAACUCAAGUCCACUUUGUUCCACCGGCUGCCCGAAACUCUUCAAACGGUCCACGCCAAAGAUGUCUCAGAGCUUCUGAGCGAGGUGAAGUACAAAGAGGACGGCAGGAAGGAGAUGAGCGUCAACUUGUACUCGCUGAUGCCACAAACGCUCCACAUGCAACACGCCAAACAGAUCUCAGACCUGCAGAGUCAGGUGAAGUACAAAGAAGGUGUGCAGCAGAAGCUGCAGAGCAGUUUGUACCAUCGGCUCCCAGAAACCUGGGACACUCAGCUGGCCAAGCGCAUGUCACAGCUGCAGAGCGAGAGCAAGUACAAGUCGGCGGGUGAGAAGGAGCUUCACAGCUCUCUGUACUCUGCCCUCCCCGUCACCAUGGAGACGCAGCACGCCAGGGACGCCGCCGAGCUGCUCAGCGAGGUCAAGUACAAGGAGAGUGGCAAGAAGAUGCCCACCUGCCUCUUCUCCAGCUUACCUGACACCUCACAAACCAUCUUCAGCAGAGACAUGACGCACAUGCAGAGCGAGAUCAAGUACAAAGAGGACGCGAAGAGAAGCCUAUCGCAGAGUUUCUACUCUCAGUUGGCACAAACAGCCGAGACUCAGUUUGCUAAAAGUGUCGCAGAGGUGCAGAGUGAGGUUAAGUACAAGGCGGGCGCCCAGAAGGAGAUGUCGUCCUCUCUGUUCUCCAGCCUGCAUCAGACGCUCCAAACUGAGCGGGCCAAGGAGCUCACGGAGCUCCAGAGUCAGGUGAAAUCCAAGGAGGCCAACAAGGAUACGUCCUCGUCCCUCUUUCACCUCCUCCCGGAGACGCCAGAGACGCAGUUUGCCAAGCACGUGUCGGAGAUCCAGAGCGAGGCCAACUACAAGAGAGACAAAGAGGACAUGUCCACCUCCUUGUACUCAUUGAUGCCACAAACGCCCGACAUUCAGUUUGCUAAAGACAUGGCCGACAAGCACAGCCAGGCCAAGUACAAGCAGGAGGCCAAGCAGCAGGCUGCAGCGUCGUUGUAUUCCAAACUGCCCGAAACCCUGGAGACCAAACACGCCAAAGAAGCCGGCGCACUGCAGAGUGAAAAAGAGUACAAAGCUGUGGGCAAGAAGCAGAUGACGUUGUCUCUCUACUCUCAGCUUCCUGACACCUCAGAGACGCAGUUGGCCCGAGAGGUGGCGCUGAUUCAGAGCGAGAACAAAUACAAAGAAAGCGGCAAGAGAUUGCAGAGCAUCAGCUUCUACUCACAGCUCCCAGAGACCAAUGACACCCAGUUUGCCAAAAGUGUGUCAGAGAUCCAAAGUGAGAACAAGUACAAGGAGGCGGGCCGGAGACAAGCAUCCGACAGUCUGUACUCCAAGCUGCCCGACACUCUGGAGACUCGGCAUGGUAAAGACGUAACACAGCUGCAGAGUCAGGUGGCCUACAAGAAGGAGCACAAGCAGGAGGCCAGCAGGACACUUUACCACCAGAUGCCUCAAACCACACAUACAGUGUCGGCCAAACAGCUCACAGACUUGUACAGUCAGGUGAAGUACAAAGAAGAUGGGAAGAAAGAGAUGAGUAAGAACUUGUACUCACUCCUUGCUGAGACCUCAGAGACGCACUUUGCCAAACAGAUGUCCAAAUUACAGAGCCAGAGCAAGUACCAGAAGGACAAAGAAGAUCUGUCUAACUCUCUGUUCUCCGUGCUGCCCGAAACUCUGGACACUCGCUUUGUGAAGGACAUGGCGGACACUCACAGCCAGGUAAAGUACAAAGCGGCAGGAAAGGAGGCGGCCAGCAAUGCUCUGUACCAUCAGCUGCCAGAGACGGCCGAGACACUUCGUGCGAAAGAACUUUCUGAGCUGCUGAGUCAAAACAAGUACAAGCAGAGCGGCAGGGAAGUGAUGGCAUCCAGCCUGUACGCUCAGCUGCCGCAGACGGCCGAGACGCAGCUCGCCGCUAGGAUGUCGGAGCUGCUUAGCAAGUUUAAGUACAAGGAGGAGAGCAUCAAGAGCCUCUGUCACAGCGCCUACAGUCGGCUGGUCGACACCGCCGAGACAGGACUGGCCAAGACGCUCUCCCAGCUGCACAGCGAGACCAAGUACAAGGAAGCCGGCAGGAAAGAGGCGGCUAGCAGCCUCUACCACCGCCUGCCCGAGACCGUGCAGACGCUGCACGCCAGGGCGGUCACGCGGCUGCAGAGUCAGGUCCAAUACAAGAUGGAAGCUUUGAGGGCUCAGGGCACCAGUCUGUACUCGAAGCUGGCCCAAACCAUCCAGAUCCAGUUUGCCAAAGCCGUCAUGGAGAUUCAGAGUCAGAAUAAAUACAAGGCAAGAAGUCGAGAGGAGAGCGGCAGCAGCGUCUUUCACAAGAUGGCCGACACCAAUCAGACAGAGUUCGUCAAGCGCUUGAGGGACGUUCAGAGUCAGAGAAAGUACCAGAAGGACAAAGCCGAACUGUCCGUGUCGUUGUUCUCUUUGCUGCCCGAGACUCCGGACACACGCUUCGUGAAGAACGUGACGGACAUGUUGAGCCAGAGUAAGUACAAGGAAAGCAGUAAGAAGGAGCUGGUCAAGAGUUUGUACUCACUGCUGCCUCAUACCAAAGACACACAGCACGCCAAACAACAGAGUCACCUACACAGCCAGAAGUUGUACAAAGAGGAGAGCAAGAAGGAAGCCGCCUGCAGUUUGUACGCUCAAAUGCCUCAAACCAUCGAGACUGUCUUUGCCAAAGAGCUCAGCAAGACGCAGAGUGACAAGUUUUAUAAGGAGAAGUAUAAUCACGACAAAGGCAAGUCGGACUACGUCAACAUGAAGACGCUGCCGGACGUGGAGCACGCCAUGGACGUCAACAGGAAGCAGAGCCACGUCAGCUACGGGAAGGGGAAGGAGGAGCUUCAUCGCUACAACACGGCGCCCGACAGGGCUGACAUCGUCAACGCCACCAACGCAGCCAAACUGGCCAGCCAGGUGGCCUACAAAAGUGACGCCAGGCAGUCGGUUGUGAGUGACAGUUCACUCCUGGCGCGCGCGGACAUCAAUCACGCCAAGGAAGUGUCCAAACUGGCCAGUCAGGUGCAGUACAAGCGGCAGGCGCAUGGGCGACCUCGCUACAACCCGCUGGACUGCGUGUCCUUCAAACACACCCAAGCCGCUGCGGCGCUCGCCAGUAAGGUCAAGUAUAAGAGCAACCGAAAACACGAAGGUUCUUCCGACCUGCCGAACCUCCUGCAGCUGGAACACGCGCUGCACGCCAGCAAACUGCAGAGUAACGUGGAGUACAAGAAGAAGUACGGGCAGAGCAAGGCUCAGUACCACCUCACCCUGGACACGGCUGAACAGCGCCACCAUAGGAAGAACGUGGUGCUGCACAGUCAGGUGAAGUACCGCGAGGAGUACGAAAAGAGCAAAGGUCACACACAUCUAGAGUUUGCGGACACGCGAACAUACAAAGUGCAAAAGGUGGCGCAGAAGCUGCAAAGCCAGAGGGAGUACAAGCGUGACUAUGAGGAGCACGUGAAGGGAAAAGCCUUGGUGGAGGUAGAGCAGACGCCGGAAUAUCUGACAGCUCGUCAGGCCACCGACCUGCUUAAUGAGAAGGAGUACAGAAAGGACCUGGAGCAGGAAGUGAAGGGGCGGGGCUUAUCCGGCCUGGGCCUGGAGGACACGCCCGAGCUCCUGCGGGUCAAACAAGCCAAUCGGAUCCUGAACCAGAAGGAAUACUGCAAGGAUCUGCGCACGGACGUGCUGGGCAAAGGGAUGCGGCUCAGCGCCGACGUCCUGGAGGUCCGACGGGCCAAGAGGGCCUCCGACAUCCAGAGUCAGAGGUCCUACAAGCAGAUGGACCAUCUCAGGGAGAACUCGUACGGGACCGUCACCGACACUCUGGAACUUGUGCACGCCUCUUACCUCAAAGACGUCUACAGUCAGAAGAAGUACAAAGAUGCCGCCGAGCGUCUGCGAGCUCGUUACAGUGCGGUGUCACUGACUCCCGAGAUGGAGCGAGUGAAAGCCAAUCAAAGACACGUCAGCUCGUUGCACUACUGCUGGGACUCCAAGCUGAUGAGAGGUCUCAUGUCCCCCGUGACCGACACCCCAGAGAUCGUCCUCGCCAGAGAGAACGCCAAGAAGAUCAGUGAUGUGCGGUAUCGAGAACAGGUGGGCUGCGGGACCGCCGUCAUGGAGACGCCCGAUAUGGAAAGAGUCCGACGUAACCAGGAAAACAUCAGCACAGUGAAGUACCAGCGUGGGCUGCAGGAAGUUCGGGGGCGCAGCUGCACAGAACUAGACACCCCCGAGUACAGACGGGUGCGGAGGUCUCAGGACUCUGUUUCCAUGGCCAAGUACCAUGAGGAAUUUGAGCGCACCCGCGGUCGCGGUUCUACGACUGGAUUGGACGAGGCCGGCACGGAGCGCUACCAGCGGGCCAAUCACGUGAUAGCGGACGCGGGUCCCAACCAGAUGAUGGACACGGACAGACGACCCGGAGGCAUCAUCGUAGACGUGAAAGUGUGGAGAACCGAUCCAGGCUCCAUCUUUGACUUUGACCCGCUGGAGGAUGACGUGCAGUCCAAGAGCCUGCGCAGGAUGUCCGAGCGGGUAGAGCGCAGGCUGAGCAGGCCUCCGUCCCGGCAGUCUCACAGCUCGCUGCCCUCUAAACUCUGGGAUAGGAGCAGCUGCGACACGCCGGCCCCGGUGCUUCCUGGAGCGUACUACCAGGGGGUGCACAUGCAGCCGCAGCCUCAGUAUCACGGCUACAUGCAUCAGACCAGCAUGUCGUCCGUCAGAUCCGUCACCUCGCCGCCACACUCGUCCGUCAUGCGUGUCUACCGGGCGCUGUACGACUACGCGGCGCAGGACCACGACGAGGUCUCCUUCCGGGACGGCGACGUCAUCGUCAACGCGCAGUCCAUCGACGAGGGCUGGAUGUACGGCACCGUGCAGCGCACCGGCAAGUCCGGGAUGCUGCCCGCCAACUACGUGGAAUGUUGCAACUAGGGGACGCGUGCGUGCGUGCGAUGACUUCAUUUUAGCAGCAAAACACACACAUACACUGCAAAACUGCUAAAUCUUUCCCAAAACAGCUUACAUCAAACAAGACAUUUUGAAGUGAAAAAAAUUAUCUAUCAAUGGAACUAGUAUGAACUGACUUGAUAAGCUUCUUAAAAUAAGAUCUUGUAUCUUCAAACAAGUAUUUUCUUUUUGUAUUGCUGAAAAAUUUGAAAAAAAGCCAAAACUGUCUUAAAAUAAGUGCAGUAAGAUUUUUUUCACUAGAAAUAAGAAAUUCACUAGGUAAGAUUUAGCAUUUUUGCAGUGUAAAGUUUAUCAUGAGGGGAAAAAAUUUUUUUUUGCUUUUUUUGCUCUGGUGUGUGUGCGUGUGUGUGUGCGCUUAUGAUUUAUGUAUUUUUUUUUUCCACUUUUCAUCUCUACAAUAUCACUUGAUCACAGCACAUUUAGGAAAGUCUGUCUUAGUGUUUUGUGUGUUUGAUUUCACAAAUGCAAUGAAAUUAAUAUGUUGUGAACUCAGAAAUACUGGUCAACUGUUUUCUUUGGUUUUGGAUCAUUUGAAUUGAGGUUUAUUCCCACGUACUCUUGAUCUCUGAUUCUACUUUAAUCGCAUGUUAUUUCACUUUAUACAGUGUCACCACCUAAUCUAUGUAUUGCUGUGCCUCAAUAGACACACACACGCGGUCUUAAAUGAAAUAAAACAGCAUUUGUCAGCACAAA